AGCAACUUUUCUGAGGUGCUGACUAGGACCUCUUCUACGAAAUGUUCUUUGUUGUACAUGUUUCUGGGCUCACUCUCAGUUGUCACAGUCUUUGGAAAUCUUCUUGUAAUCAUUGCCAUCAUUUACUUCAAGCAGCUCCACACUCCAUCAAAUUACCUCAUCCUCUCACUGGCCGUUACUGACCUUCUGGUUGGACUUGUGGUGCUUCCCAUCAGCAUCGUGUUCGCUCUCAGCUCCUGUUUGUACGACAGAGGCCUCUUCUGCAAAAUCAGAGACAGUUUUGACGUCGUCCUCAGCACAACCUCCAUUUUUAACCUGUGUUGCAUUUCUGUGGACAGAUACUAUGCAGUGUGUCAGCCUCUUACGUACAGAGUUCAGAUGAGCACUCGGGUCGUGGUGGUCAUGAUCACAAUGAGUUGGGGGGUUUCUAUUUUUGUUGCUAUCGGAUUUGUGAUUGCAGAGUUGAACCAAGAACAAUGUAAAGAUGAUUGUUUUUCUGAUGUUGUACUAGAAAAGGUUUUGGCUCCUGUCUUUUGCUUUUAUCUCCCAGUCCUCAUAAUGGUCUACAUCUACCUAAGGAUUUUCUUUGUGGCACAGAGACAAGCUCGCAGCAUCCAGAACUCAACCAACUCUGCAGGAACAGUCAGCAAUAUGGAAAGGAAGGCCACUAAGACUCUGGCUAUUGUUAUGGGAAUAUUUCUCAUGUGUUGGAUGCCUUUCUUUCUCUGCUUUUCCUUGCAGGUGUUAGGUGGUGUGUCAGUGCCGGUGUAUGAAACACUAAACUGGUUUACUCUCUGUAACUCAAUGCUUAAUCCAUUUAUUUAUGCUUUCUUUUACAGCUGGUUUAGAUCAGCUUUUAGAAUGAUCAUCUCUGGAAAAAUUUUUCAAGGGAAUUUUUCUAACUACAAACUCCAAUGAUACAAUUUAAAGGCCUCGUGCAGUAGCAAUUUUUUUUUAAUUUAGAAAGUCGGCAAACGAAUCCGAUAAAAAUAUUCACUUAAAAUGAAAUGAUCC